AUGCUUCGAUCUUUGGGUAACUUAUUGUUUAGGGACACUGGUGGUCUAAAAGACAGCCAGAAAACAAAAUUAUCCAAAGAAGAUGCAGAAAAGUUAAAACUAUACUCUGAUAAAGUCGAUGCUUUACUGCAUUCUAAAAAUCAAGCAGAUUUCCAUCAAUUUCCAAAGGUAGUUGAUGAUUUCGGUCCAACAUUUGAAGGAUUUGAUGAGAAGUAUCGCAAAAAUUCCGAUGUUAGAGCUGUUAUUUCAGCUUAUUCAGGUUUAUGCGCAAAAAUUGGAGUAGAAUAUGUGGAUAAAAUAGAAAUUAGCACAAAAAUGUUCAACACUCUUGUGUUUGCAUCAAAGUUUUUUCCAAGUAUCCCUCAUGCUACGGAGUUUUUACCGAUGUUUUCACAUAUCAUUCAAAUGCUCAAGAUGAAAUCAGAUUUUUUACAACACUGCGAAAAAUUCUUACAAUGCAUAUUCAGAAGCGAGUCAUUUUUCACCCAGUUCAAUGAUAAAGACGGUUUUUAUAUGAUAUUCGACACAUUCUUCUUAAAAAAGGAUUACGAAGAGUUGCAAAACUUCUUCAAUAUACUUUUAUAUUGUAGUUUACCAUUAACUUUCCUUCAAAAAUCGCAACAAUCGUCUACAUUUCUAAAAUCUUUCGUCCAAGUCAUUAAAGAGCAAAAAGAAACAGAUUUCCCAUACAAAAACGCAAUCCUUUACGUCCUGAAUUAUUUCUCCUCGUUUUGCAAGUCAAAUCCUGAUUUUUAUCAGUUAUUCCAAACGACAGGAGGCUACGAGCUCUGCAACGAGAUCUUCCUUAAGCACUGUCCAAAUACAGCCAUGGAGGCUUACGAAUUACUUUUAAUUGGCUGCGAUGUCCACCCAACAAUUUUAUCCGCACUUUUUGACUUUUACAAGAAUCCGGAGGUUUCACCGGAAUUGCGAUCAUCUCUCAUUCCUCUGCUGUCAGUUUCUACGAAAUCAAUUCAAGAUACGUAUAAAAAGCUGGAAACAGCCGUUCCUUUACAAAACUGGAUACUAGAACCACCGGGACUUAACUACGAAGGUCUGUGCAAACUUGCAGACUUCUUUUGCGAUCUCGCGACGAAGAAAAUUAUGAAUGUGUCAAAUCUUGUUCCAAAUUUCAUUACAAUGGUAGCACCACCUGUAAAUAAGGAUGUACCUGUCGAUAAGUUCUUAAAAUUACUCAAUAUAGGCAUAAUUAAUGGAGAUAUAACAUCAGAUUUUUUAAUCAAACAAUUAUUCAUCGAAAGGUUCAUAUUCUUACCUUCAAUAUCAGAUGUAUACACAUACUUCGUAGAGUUCAGUGAUUUUCAGGCGAUUUCAGAAUUUGUUUAUUUAUCUAUUGACACAGACACAAUUCACGAGUCAAUGCUGGAAAAACUCGUAGGAGAGCACUCAAAACUAUCAACUCUAGAGUCAUUUUGUAAUUUUUUGGACGCAAUUUUUGAAAAACAUUUUUCACCGAAAGCUAUUGAGUUAUUCCCAGAUUUUAUGCAAUCAGAGUUACUCAUGAAUGUAUUGAUCAAGCAUAUUCGUAAGAAUUCGAUGUCUUUUGAGAUAUUUACAAAUCAGAACGGAUUUAGUAAAUUGCAAAGCCUUAUUAACAGUGACAGUAGCAAAGCCAAGUUCGUAAUAAUGUUGUUAUCAAGUCUCGCUCAUUUCCGUCCCUAUGAAGCGAUAGAUACUUGGAUCAACAAACAAUCCAAAGACUCCCCGAUCUUCCAAGUCGACAAAGAGGUUUUAUUCAAGCUCGCCACCGAUGAAAAGCUCACUCUCCUCCAUCUCCCGAGCCUCUAUCUCUAUUGUCCGCAGUUCAAAUGCAAAACUCCAUUGAAUUUAUAUUUGGCCGGAAAAUAUGGUUUCCAAUUAUACAAAAAACAAGGUAUAAAAUUUGACAAAAUACCUAAUUUAACACAAAUUGUUAAUAGAUUAGUUACUUCGCAGACGAAAGAUGAUUUAUUUAAUUAUCCAGAGAUAUUUCAUAAAUUUGUUGACAGAACAUCUCCAUAUUUCUCUAUUUUCGAGUUUGUUCCAUUCCAUGGACCGAGUUACAUGACAAUACAGCAUCCUUCAUGUUCUAUUUCCUUUUGGUUCAAUGUUCCGUACCAAAUUAGUUCUAAUUUAACAGUUUUUAAGACUAAUUUGAUAUCCAUUGUAUUUUCAGCAGAAUCCGUGAUAAUAGAGACUAAUCGCAAUGAUAAGAUCGCUCUUCCUUGUUCGUCAAAUGUUUUCCACCACGUUGUUGUUCAAUUUAAAUUGAGUCCGAUCAAAAAAAUCAACAAAAUCGGUUUCACCUUGGAUUCAAACAAUUUCAAAGAUUUUGUUGUUAAUUUAGAGGACCUCCCCAGCCAAAUAAUACUUGGUGAAACAGAGAAACAUUUGGAAGCAUCAAUGUACAUUUCAAAAAGUUUGUUUAUGUCAGAAAGCGGUUUCUCUCAAUUACAAAUUGAAUUGUUGAACAAAAGAGGGCCAGGAAAUUUAGUUCCAAUACAAGGUGUUAAGACAGCUAUGUUCAAUCAUAAUGAGAGUGUCUUUGACGUACCUUUCCACGGCUUCAGUUCAUAUUUCAAAGAUUUCCAUCAAUUGGAAAUGAUUUUUGAAUUAUUUGACACAGCGAAAAAUGCUGAUCAUUUGAGUUCCAUUUUUAUUUGUUUGUUGAAUAUACAACAAAGGAAUUCAAUCAAACUCAGGAAAUUCUGGUCGAGAAUGUCAAUUUGUUUCAUAAGACAGAAAGAGUUAGUUGCUCAUAAUUUCAUGUAUUAUUUCUUUGAUAAUUUUUCUGUAAUUGCUGGAGAAAAAAAUACAACAAAAAUUUUGUUGUUUUUACUCACUUUUAUCGAUUUUUACUUCACUUUUGACUCGAACUUAAUUGUUAAAUGGCUUGAAAGAAUAUUACAAUCUAAGCUAGUUAAUUGGGAAUUCUUUGAACAGAAUAAUUUGUUUGAUUUCAUUUAUAAUAUUUGUAGAGCAAAUUUGGCCGAACAAAUAAUUGACACUUUUAUUCCUUUUCUUAACAAAAUGAUGUUGAUAAAUCCAAAUGGAAUUAAAUUGAAAAGUUACAUGAAUUUCAUUGUAACACUCAGAUCUUUCGAAGGAUCAGAAUCUUCACAAUAUAAAUUAAUCAAAUCAUUUGUUAAACUCGCAAAUGAUAACAUUGAAAAUCAAUUAUUUACUUAUCAACAAUUAUUGGAUUAUAUGUCACUUUUUAAGGGUGAAUCCUCACUUAUGUUGGCUGAUUUGAUUUGCAGUUAUUCGAACAGGAAUCCUCAAUUUAUAACAUCUUCUUCUUAUGCUUGUUUCAUCUUCUCUAAGUUCGCUUUGUCAGAAAAUGCCUGGUUAACCGCUUUUUCAAUUCUCGGCGGUUUUGUUGUGAAAAAAUUCCCGAAAAACAUGAGUAUUCAAAGGCCAUUAUUUGCUCCUGUUAUUUUAGAAAUGUUAUGUUCAUUGUUGAACUCUAAUUCCAAUUUAGAUUUGUUGCAAAAAAUAAUUGCAAGUUUAUUAUCAUUUAAUAAUUUCCAAUGUUUUACAACUAAGAAUUGUUGGCCAAUUUUACUUUGUUUGAGUAAUUUGGGAGUAAUUCCAACAACUUUCUCUUCAAACAAGGCUGGAACAAGAACGGAAUUAACGAAAGAAAAUAAUACUUACCAAAUAACAAGGGAAGAUGCAAAUAAUACAUUAGAAUUAUGUGAAUUUGAAGUUCCUGCUGAUUUAAACAUGUCAGAAUAUGCCAUGUCAGAAAGCGGUUUUCCUCGUUAUUCAGGGGAUUUCGAUUGGAUGGAAACAGUAUUAAAUGAAACACAGAUUGCCAUAUUUUUAGUGUCGAUUUUGUUGUCAUUUGACUCUCAAUCAUUCCAAACAACGUUUUUGGAAUAUUCCGCUGGUUUCGCUCUGAUGACGAUAAAUUAUAGACGAUUAUUUAGCCGCCAAAUGGUCUUAAAUAUGUUGAUACAACUCGCGAACGCGGAAAGUUCUUAUUCUAUGAUGUUUAAGCCAGCAAUUUUAAUAACACAUCAUUAUACAGUAAGAUCAUUGUUCGCUGAAAAAAUAACGGAUUUGUUGUCACUUUUAUUCAACUUUUUGAAGACUUUACAAGUUAAUGAAAUCUUUUUGAGUUUCAUGGAAGAUAACCAAGUAUUGAGUUGCUACAGGGAAAUAUUACUUUGUGCGUUUGUUUUUACUUCCGAAGAGAACAUGAUUGAUUUAUUCCAAUUAUUCAGUAGUUUUGACACUGUCAUUUUUUGUAACAUUGUAUUUAAAGACACACAAUUUUGUCAUUAUUGGCUGUGUGCAACGAGGCAAAUUUCAUCAACAAAUAAUAAGUUUUUGAAGUGCAUGAAGUUGUUCAUGGAUUUGGUUGGAACUUCCACGAUUUCUUCUUAUAAACAGAAUGAAAUCGAAUCAAACUGGGGCGCAUUCAAACAGCAUAUGUUGCAAGGAGAAAAUGAACUUGAAAACAAACUGAGAAUUGAAAGAAUGACAACAGUUUUGGAUUUCGAUUCACAUAAAAAGAGUUUGGCCGCAAAACACAUUUUAUGUCAAAAAGUUUUUAUUGACAUUGAAAGGGAGCAACAUUCUAAAGUAUUUAAUGUUUUGAUGAACAGAAUUGAGAGACAAAUAGAAAGAGAUUAUUUCGAUUGUUUGCAAAGAAGUUUCAGAAGAAAACUGCAAAUAAAUGUUCCAAAAGAAAGUUCUAGAUUAAGUCCUUUAGUUCUUCCUGUUUUCCAACCAAGAGUUGUCGUGCCAAGUCCUUUCAAACUUCCUCAACCGAAAUUCAACGUGACAACUCCUUCUUCUUUCUUCAAAUUAGAAAUUAAUAUUCCAAAAAAUAAUUGUCAUGUUUUUGAGACCCUGGGAAUUUUGGAUGCAGACCCUGAAUAUUUCCAUUUCCAGCUUGGAAAGUAUUCUUGUUUUGAGUACUCGAAAUAUUUGGAAUCUGAUUUAUUACAGAUGUUUACUCAAACUUUUUCUGACAUUUUUGCUCCGGAACAAUUAUUUGGCACUUUUUCUGUCAAAUUUUAUUAUUAUAUUCAUGGAUUGUCGAGUGUUUUAUUUGUUACAGAGAAUGCCUUGUUAAUUCUUACUUUAGCCGAAUACAAUGAUAACAGACUCUCUUUGAUAAAAACACUGAAAAAUCCUGUCGCUUUCAUUCCAUUUUCUGAAAGUGUUUUGGUCGGAGAUUAUCAAAAUGUGUCACUUUUUUGUGGUCAUGUUGUCAUUAUUUUACCAUAUGACCAGAUCAUUAUGACAAGGAAACAUUUGUUUGUUCACAAGCAGUCAGGGUUUUCCAUUUAUUCAUUGACAUCUCCAAAUGUUGUUUUAGAUUUUGGACAUGAAAAAGAAAUGACAAUUUUCUCCAAAAUUUUCCAGAAAAGGAAUUGCAAUUUCAAGAAUUUCUUGCCACACAACAAAUUCCUUUUCUGUAUACAAACACAACAGCAAGCACAAAGUCUUUGGCAAGACAACAAACUCGAUAACUACGAAUAUCUUUUAGUUUUGAAUUAUUUUGGCGGAAGAAACUUUUUUGAUUUGACACAAUAUCCUGUUUUUCCUUGGAUUUGUUCUCCUAAUUUAUCUGAACGAGAUCUCUCCAAACCAAUGGGACAACUUGGAGAAGAAAGAAGCAAACAUUACCAGUUAACUUAUGAUUUGUCUGAAGAACCAAAAUAUUUCUAUGGUUUUCAUUAUUCAUUGCCAGGAAUUAUUUUCUGGUUCAUGGUUCGUCUUUGUCCUUUCUGUUAUUUCGGUUGGGAUUUGAACAACGGAUGGGAUGAUCCAAGUAGAAUGUUCUUAAACAUCUUGGACGCUUAUAAUUCUGCUUCCCAAAACAAUCAAAGUGAUUUGAAGGAAUUAAUUCCAGAAGUUUUCACAAUUCCUGAGAUAUACAAGAACACAGCGAAACUUCCUUUCCAAGGACUUGUUUGUGAUAAUGUUUUGCUUCCUGAAUGGGCAAACAACGACCCACAGCUCUUCACAAGCGAAAUGAUGAAGAAAUUGCUCGAAAACGAGAAUAUUUGUGAAUGGAUUGACUUGAUUUUUGGCUUUAAACAACAAGGAGAAGCUGCUCUUGAAAGCAAGAAUUUGUUCCUUCCUACUUCUUAUCAUAAUGCAACAGCAGAGUCAUUGAACAUGGAAGAAAAUGUUUUUGAAAGCCAAACAAUUAAUUUCGGCCAAUGUCCAUUACAACUAUUCACUAAACAACAUCCAAAACAUGUGUUUAAUUCUCCAACAGCUAAAGAAUGGUGUUCAAGAGCGAAAAUGACUAAAAUAGAGCCAAACAAUCCUUCGAAAUUGAGAUCAUUUAGAGUUACACAAAAUGAAACAAUUAUUCCAUUUUUGUCCGCAAUUUUCAUGAAUUACUUUGUUUCUGUUGAAAGAGAGAGUGAAUCACUAAUUGUCCAUGACUUGAACAAUGGAUCAGCGAUUCUUGCAGCUCAUUCCCCUGAUUUCUCUUUCGUAACACAUCUUUCUGUUUCUCCUGAUUAUUUGUUUUUAGUUAUUUCAUAUAAUUUUGGUCGAAGUGAAGUGAUGAUGAUUAAAUAUGACAGUGGAGUUCCUGUUGAAUUGAAGCCUAUUGGAUCAAUAACUACACAAGAAAAGAUACACAUGACAGCAAUAUCUCCAAGAGAUUUAGUUUGUGCAUCUUUGAGUACUUCUUCUGUUAUUAUUUGGUCAUUUAUUACUUCACAAAUUCACAAAAUUAUUCCUUUCUACGGAAGAUUUGUUAUUUAUGGAAGUGGUUUAUUCUCUAUUGGUGGAGGCGAGCAAGUCAUCGAUCUAUCUGUUAAUGGAGAGAUUAUUAAUACCUUCAAAUCAAGUGGGGAUGUAACAUGCGCUUCUUGCAUCGAACUUGGAAGAGAUUACACAAGAAGAAUUGUUGUUGUUGGCACAGUUAAUGGCGCAAUCGAUUUCUAUUGCGGAGAAUUCUUGUUGAGACAGAAAUGCGGCAAACAAGCAAUUACUAGUGUUGACGUUUUCGGAACAUCAGUCAUUGCGAUAGAUACUCGAUGCCAAGUUUUCAAAGUCCUUUUGGAUGAAAGUUUCGGUCGAUGUGUUGAAUGUGGAACUUUGACAGAUAAAAGAUGUUAUCAGUGCCAGAAACCUUUGUGUGCAGAACAUGGUUCCAUUUGCAAAGAAUGCAAUGAACGAUUAACUGCAAAUACUCAGAUUCCACAAAUUGGAUAA